GCUGAAGAAAGAGAAGUGUUGCCUAGAAGCUAAAGAGAAGGAAUCGGACAUUCCAUUGUGAUACAAACGGUACCCAGGCCAGAGACGAGUAGAUUGUGCGACAGCAGGCACAGGGGACUUGCUCUCCAUUCAUUUCAGUGAACCCCACAACGAAGGAAGGAAAGUACAGCCCCUGCUGAAUCUUGUUUCCCAUCAACAUCCCGACUCCCCGUCCUUCCUUUACUCACAGCAAUAGGAACUGCACCAGAGCCUACUGCCGGACCUGCGAGCAGCCUGUCUCCCCCCAUUCAGAAGUCGAAGUGACCUCCUAAUCAACAUGAAGUUCGCCCGGUUCCUGCUGAAGAACGCCGCCUUGGCAAAUGCACCCAAACAGAUUGAGAGGUUCAGCCGCUUCUCCCCUUCCCCGCUUUCCAUGAAACAGUUCAUAGACUUUGGCUCUGCCAAUGGCUGUGAGAAGACAUCCUUUGGGUUCCUCCGACAAGAGCUACCAGUAAGACUGGCCAACAUCAUGAGGGAGCUCUAUAUACUCCCUGACCAGUUGCUGGGGACUCCGUCAGUGCAGCUUGUCCAGAGCUGGUACAUACAGAGUUUAAUGGAGCUAAUAGAAUUUGUUGAAAGAGAUCCAGAAGACCAAAGAGUGCUGUCCGAUUUCACAGAGGCCCUUGUGACAAUCCGGAACAGACACAACGAUGUCGUCCCUACAAUGGCUCAGGGAGUUAUUGAAUACAAGGAGGCAUUUGGAGUGGAUCCUGUCACCAAUCAAAACGUUCAGUAUUUUCUUGAUCGCUUUUACAUGAGCCGCAUUUCCAUACGGAUGCUUAUAAACCAGCACACUCUUCUUUUUGAUGGUGGAACCAACCCAGCCCACCCAAAGCACAUUGGAAGCAUCGAUCCAAACUCUGAUGUGGUUGAGGUAGUGCAUGAUGCUUUUGAUACUGCCAAGAUGCUUUGUGAACAGUACUAUUUAGCUUCUCCUGAACUGAGAAUAAAGCAGGCAAAUGGCAAAGAUCCUUCCCAGCCGAUUCAUAUAGUUUAUGUUCCAUCACAUCUCUAUCACAUGCUCUUUGAGCUUUUUAAGAAUGCUAUGCGGGCAACAAUUGAAAAUCAUGAAACUAGUCCCCGUCUACCUCCUAUCAAAGUGAAUGUUGUCCUAGGAAGUGAAGAUCUAACUAUUAAGAUAUCCGAUAAUGGAGGAGGCGUUCCCUUGAGGAAGAUUGAACGACUGUUCAGUUACAUGUAUUCCACAGCACCCAGGCCUCUGAUGGAUAAUUCACGGAAUGCUCCUUUGGCUGGUUUUGGGUAUGGGUUGCCCAUCUCUCGACUUUAUGCCAGGUACUUCCAGGGUGACUUAAUGCUGCAUUCAAUGGAGGGCUUUGGGACAGAUGCCGUUAUCUAUUUAAAGGCACUAUCAUCGGAGUCUGUAGAAAGGCUACCAGUCUUCAACAAGUCUGCCUGGAAACAUUAUAAAUUCUGCACUGAAGCAGAUGAUUGGUGCAUUCCGAGUAGCGAACCAAAGAACCUGGCAAGGUAGAAAGCUUCUCGGAAGACUUUUCCUGUGAGCUGGAAAAGGGAUCACACACACACACCUUUCUCCCAGGACCACUACCUGCAAGUGUUCUGUUGCAAUAAAUAGUGUACUGUGCUUGAGCUGGCCCAUGAUGCAACAAGGAGAGCAAGUCAACCACUGCCACCAGAAAAUGCAGGAUCUUUAGAUAGUAGUAUUGCACUUUUGGCUGAUUCAUUCAAUAUUAAGGACUCGGGGUGCUUUUUCGCCCUAGGAAAUAUUUUGUUUGUUCUGUUAAUUAAAUAUAACAGUGUUUAUAACCAUAAGUGAUGAGAUAAAAGAUCACUGUGAAUUCCAGAAUCAAAUCUAGAAUAUAAUUCUACAUCUGAUUUAUUUCCCCUCAUAUUGUUACCAAGCUCAUGGUAAAACCUACAUUAUCCACCUUUACAGUUAUAAAAAUGGCCGACCAUAACUGAUGUUCCUUUACCCUUGUACAGUAACCAAAAUGUAUGUAAAUACCAUAUUGCCAAAAAGAGCCAGAAGAUAACUGUUUUGUUUCAUGACUUGAAGCAUACUGUGAAACAAACCCACUUCUGCCCAUAGUUGGGCACCAUCAUGUACUGUAUUCCUGCUUGUGUACUGGAAAGAGGAAUUUGCAGAACUUAACAGUCAUUUUUUAUACUGUCAUGGAGAAUAAUAGAUUUACAUCUAAAUUUUAUCUCAAUGUGGAAAUCAGUUGGUUGCAACCAUUAGAAUGGAUUGUCCCAUUUAACUAGUAAUACUGCACAAUUCACUCCUGAAGGGCUCUGUAGUUCUUAAUGUUUGUCCUCAUUCUAUGGUAGAGUUGUGCACUCUGCAGCCCCGCUGUUGUUAAACUAUAGUUCCCAUCAUGCCAUUGUGGGUACCUUUUCCCUGCCUUAUGAUGUUGUAGUGGAGACAAUGGCCACAACUAGGUCUAGUUGGGUUAAAAGAAGGUUUGAAAAUGGAAGUCUUGCAAUAGUUAGCGGGCAGCACCUAUUGUAAAUCUGAAUCCUUUUUAUCUCACCCCAAGCAUACAUUUUAAUAUUGUAAAAUGAUGCUGCUCUAAUAGAUAAAGUAUGAAACUGCAAUACACAAAAGUACCUCGAAUAACUCGGCACACUCAAAAAGUUUGAUUCAAAUGUCUAUGCAUUGUUUUACCUUGUACUAAUUUGCCAUUAAUAUUUAUUAUCUUUGUAUUAUUCCAUAGCCAUGCCGCCUUUUACUAAGUUCCUUAUGUUAUUAAUUCUUUUUUUUUCCAUUAAUAUAUUUUCUUUCGCUUUAUUUUUUAUGGCAGAAAAUUGCCAAAAAUGUUAUUUAUUGCUAUUCAGAACUUUUUUUUUUUUGCUGAUAUGCCUCCUUUUUGCAUGUGUGUCUCCAUUGUUGGAAUUUACUUUAAGGCAUUAAAUUUCUUAGCUUCAUG